CACUCACAACUCUCACGUUGUGCUUUUUUUUUUUAGUUGACACUAUAUAAAUAUUCAUUAAAUAAGAUACCAAGAAACGUGAACUUGGGAGACCCUGUAAGAAUCAGGAAAUUUCAAACUCAUUAUUGAAGCUCUUUACUCACAGGGCUUUAAUCCAAAUGCCCUCCUUAACUCCUACUCCUCCUGCCUUUCUCUGUGUCACCACAGAGUGAGUGAGCUUCCCUGGUGGCUCAGACCGUAAAGAAUCUGCCUGCAAUGUGGAAGAUCCCCUGGAGAAGGAAAUGGCUACCCACUCCAGUAUUCUUGCCUGGAGAAUCCCAUGGACAGAGAAGCCUGGCAGGCAAUACAGUCCGUGGGGUCGCAAAGAGUCUUACACGACUGAGCGCCUAGCACUUCACUUCAUCCCACCUCCUGGCGUUGUCCCCUCCCCUGGAAGGCCCAUAAUCUCCUUGCACGUCAGCCUCCUCUCCUCAGAAGUGAUUAAGGGGCUCGGCUCCAAAGCGAUUAAAGGAGCAGUCUGUGGGGUGCACUGGGCAGGGGUGCUCUACUGAGUUCUACUGCCCUGCAUUCUAGAAUCAGCACCCAUGGCCCUUGUGCCGGGGAGCAGUGAGGAUGGGCCUUGGCCUAGAGAUAGCCCAGGCUCUUCCCAGCAUGCAGAAAGUCCUAGACUGACCAACCGGCUUUGGAAGGAGAGAGGGGAAAUUGACAGGGUUGAAGGUCACCAGGAUGUUCAGGUUAGUACUUUCCCACCUUGUGUCCUGCUGUUGGUUCACCCUCCACUUCGGCCUGGUUCCCCUGCUGUGCCCAUCCAGGUUAUGUGUCCGCAGACACGCCUCCCCUCCAUUGUGGUGGAAGCCUCUGAGGUGAGUGAAGAGAGUGGGGAGCUCCGGUGGCCACACGAGGAGCUGCUGCUGCUGACUGACGAUGAGGAAGAGGAGGUCGAGGUGUUCUUCCAGGACCAAAGUGAAGAACCAGGCUGGACUUGGAGCUCCCUGGACCCUAAGUCUCCCUUAAGAACCUUUAACCCAGAACUCAGCUGGGGGCAGGAACGGGUAGAUCAAGAUGCUUCCUGGAUCCCAGAGGACACAGACUGUCAGGAAGCCCCCAAUCCCUGUCCUCUCUGGGACCCACCAUCAAGCUCCCAUGUCUGCAAAAGCUGCUUUGUGGAAUAUUCCCAUUUCCUGCCUCCCAGGAGCUGUGAGGGUAAGUAUCACUUUCUCCCUCAAACAUUUUACCUAGGUUUUUGA